AUGUCGGAAAUACUUUCAGCGCAAGUCAUUCAGAAUAAUGUGAAGCUAAUACUAAUGCAUAUUCGAAAUGUAUGCAACAAGGUAGGCAGAGCAGAUGUUCCGCGCUUAGUCGCAGUAGGGAAAACAUUCCCAGCAUCACAAACUCAGCAUUGUUACGAAGCUGGACAGCGACAUUUUGGAGAAAAUUAUGUCAACGAGUUAGAGGAAAAGUCGAAUGGACUGAAGGAGUUGUGUCCAGAUAUACAAUGGCAUUUUAUUGGAAAAGUACAAACUAACAAAGUAGGUUCGUCUUGUUGUAAGGAUGUAGUUUAAAUUCUUUUUGUAGUGAUAGACGGGGAUAUAAAAGUUUCCUGUCUCACAGAAAUUUCGUUAUAGAGAAUUUUGUUAUACAAGAGUUUAUUUUAGAUCAAAAAGAUAGUGGAAUGUCCAAACAUAUCGUUCGUGGAGACAUUGGACAGUGAGAAGCAUGCACAAACAUUCCAGAAUUAUUGUAGCCAACUUCAGAAGCAGCUAAAUGUGUUUGUUCAAGUCAACACUAGUGGAGAAGUCAACAAAAAUGGAGUGGAACCAGCAAAAGUGUUCGACCUUGUGUCAUUUGUGAAGAAGGAAUGUCCCAAUCUUACCUUCAAAGGUAUGGUAUCAUUAUUGUAAACAUGUAGCUAUCUUUAAGUUUUAAAAAAUUAUUUGAUCUUUUUGUUUAAAAGUUAUAUAAUGUGUUUUUGUGUUGUACAGCAUAAUUUGGACAAUAGAGGACUAAAAUAAUGUAUUUGUAGGUUUGAUGACAAUUGGAUCUAUUCAACAAAGCCAAAAGGCUGACGAGAACCAGGACUUUAAACUGAUGCGCCAGAUAAGGUCGGAAGUCGCGGAGAAGUGCCAGAUACCUGAAGUUGACAUUGAGUUGUCGAUGGGAAUGUCAAAUGACUUUUCUAUGGCCAUCGAAUACGGUAGCACAAAUGUCAGAGUAGGAUCCAUCAUCUUUGGGAAGAGGUAUUACCCGGAGACCGUGUAACAAUAUGUAACUGUAGAUAGUAAAUUAUAGCUAAUAAAGUAAAUAUUUAGUUGUGGGAUUUACUGUAAUAUGUUCAUUAUCAUCUUGUUACUUAAAUUGUUGUUGCUCAUUAAACAUUAUUAUGUAAUUUUGAGUUUAGAUGGAUUCAAGUGAGUUUUAUGGCUUGACCAACGUUCCGAUACCUAAAAAGAGGACGGCAGAGAAACAAAAUGAUGACUUCAGAAACUUUUGUAAGUGAAUUCAGAGUGGUUUACUGUAGUUUUUUUAGUUUUUAGAGCCAAUUUCCUGGACAAAGUUGAUGGAUCUGGGUACGUGGAGAUGGGGAACACUUGCGUUUUGUGUUCAAUGUAAGUUUGUUGCUGUAUUUAUAAGACUUUUUAAAUAAAAAUUAUAAAUUUUUAGUACAAAAAUGCCUUACUGUAAUGUUUCAGCGAAGGGCCAGUAGAAAAGGACAGAGAAAUGGAUGAAGACGUUGAGGACGAGAACCCCAUUAAGGUGACUUUCUAUUCUGUUUAAUGUUACCUUCGAAAGAGAGUUAUUAAUGUUAUCUUUUAGAUCACAUCCGACGAAUUGACAGAAGAACACAUCAAUGUCCUAGAUCAGAUCCUGGAGACUUUUGUAAGAACAGAUCAGCUUGUUAAUGUGAGUCUUCAAAAUUCGUUUAAUUGGGUUUGAAAUGCCAUUUGUUUGUGUUGAUGAGAUUGGUUAUUUUUGUGCAAAUGUACUUAAUAUAAUGCCAUAUUAUUUUAGGUGGAAAUCCGAAUCAACGUCAAAGUUGUAUGUGACGAUGGAGGCCUACUGGCAGCCGCUACGAUGGCUGUAGGACUAGCCUUGGCGUCUACGAAUGUUCAGAUAUACGACAUUCCUCUUGCUGCUACAGUACUCAUCCCCUCCAGAACAGCUACAGUACCAUUGUUGGAUCCAACGGCUUCUGAAUUCAAGAAUGCUAAACAAGAUGGAGGCGGCGUGCUCACGGUCGUAUCUCUGCCAGCUUUCACCCAGAUCGCACAUCAAUAUAUGGAAGGUGUUAUGACGUCGAAGCAGACUGUUAUGGCUACUGAAUUCGCCUUCAAAAACUCGCUGAGACUGUACGAAGAAGUGACACAGACUUUGAAGAAUAUGACAAAAUGA